ACCUGACAAAGGUGUAGUAGUCUUACAAAUAUAAAAAAUUUUGGAACAUAUUUCGGGCUGUCUUCUCAAGGCCACAGACGAGCACCCAGCUAUAGUCAGUGACGUCAGAAAAAGUAAACAGCAUUUAAAAACAUUCAUUUACGGCAUCGAUCACCGAACGUUCAGAAAAAUAAUACGAAAAUGUCUAAUGUCUUCCAUAAGGAAGUGACGCAAGGGGAUGAGUCAUCGGCUGGGACAGCCAGUGCUUCGGACGUUGGAUCGUGGCCGACGGAUGAGAUGCCACCUGUGAGCGAGAAGGGAUCCGACGCGGGACAUGAGUGCAGAUCAAUGGCAUCGGGAUUUGUGCACAGUGACUUACCAACGCCGGUUGCUGAAAAUGAAACUGGGCAAUCCAUAUAUCACGUAUAUCCAUAUAUCACGUCAGCGACCAACAAGGAGAUAAGGAAGAAAAAGAUGCCCGAUAACACACACGGUUUGAGGUUUGAAUCGAAACUUUUGGCGCUAUUUUGUGUCCGGGGACUGGGUACCGGUUACAAGUUCGAACUGAGUAAAGAAAAGGAGGAAGAAGGCGGGAAACUGGAAGAUUUGAUUUUCCGGUAUGAAGUAAAUGACACGACACCAGUGGGCAAACACUGGCGGUAUCGAUACCUGCAGGCCAAACACAAAGAGAACGAAGGAGAGAAAAUCACGGCAGAUCACCUGGGCCUACUCGAUUACAACCCCAAAGGAGAUUUCAGCCUACUAAAAUACUUCCAUUCCUUUUACAAGAUAAGGGCAAGGGGUGACGACAUUCACGAAUGCAUAAUCUGCACCAAUAUCGGAUUCAAAUUGAACAGUCUUCAGAAGGAUGGGAUAGAGCUGGUGUCCAUUAAUGAUCAGCAGGAAGAUAUUUUAGAGUUCAGUACACAAGAGAAAACAGCCCGUUACAAACUCAAAAUUAACAAAGACGAUUGGCACAGAAGGUUAAAGGAGGAAUGGUCCCCCGUCCAACUGCUGGCAAAAGAAAUAAAAGACUGCGCUACGAAAAAUAAAACGACAGACAUUCGCGCUGGAAUGCUCAACAGCUACCACGUCGCUUUGGUCGACGAACGCGUCAUUGAUUUUACCACAAACACCACAAAGAAAUUCCACCAGGAUUUCGUGAGUGAUGCCGGGAGUCUUUCGGGUGGGGCCAAAGAAUUGCGUCAAACGCUCUGCUCAUUGUGCGAAAACGACGAAUGGAAAAACUGGAAAUUUAAAUUGAGCAACACUUUUGGGAAAGGCCAGUCCGCUGUGAGGAAUCCACUACCACGAAAAAUCACAGAGGAAGACGUCGACGAUUUCUUUGAUAAGUUGGUCUUUGUCGUCGAUAUGCCAAACGAAAAGAAAUUCGAAGAAAUUAUAGAAACAAGAGACGUGAGCAAAUAUUAUCAGCCGGACAAAUGCAAAGCUCAAACGAUUCGGAUACUUCACGAUGUGUCAGCAGAAUUUUCAAAUCAAGAACAAAAGUUUUGGCUAAAAGCGGAAAGUGCCAAAAAUAUUUUGUUGGCUGAUGUCACCAAAAUGUCAUUAGAGUAUCAAAGUCAAUUGGAAAAAGAGAUCAAAUUCAACGACGACGUGAUUAAAAUGAUGGUUUUCCAGUUAAGGCAGAAGUUGCUGGAGUCUGACGGAAGGAAAAAAGUCGAGCAGAUUACUUCACUUUCACCGAAACACACGGCCGUCAAAAUCAUUUCGGCUGUUCAGAUUUUAAUGCGAGAAAUGAAUCAAGAGGGAAACUACUUGGUGAUAUCGUCUAGUAGUUUGCAAAAUGAGGAGGAAAGGAAAAGGUGGAGAAAUAUUUUGAAAUUGAAAAAAAAAUUUCAUCAUUUUUUUGUCGUCGUCUGCGAUGACGAAGCAUCGGUCUCAAGUUACGAAAAUUUGAUUACGGACGGUGAUAAUGCUGACGUUAACAACUUUAUAAUAAUUGUUAGUCGUGAUGGACCUGUAGACGAGAUAAUAGACGAAAUCAAGUACACAGAUUUGAGUCAAGAUUUCCAAGAAGCUAUUUUGUCGAAAACCAUUUGGUUUCAAGGGGAAAAUCUAACUGUAGGAAACUUGAUUGGUUACAAACCAGAAGAAAUGAUCGAUUUUACUUCGAUAAAAGAACUGUUAUUUGAAGAAAAAGAAAUAAAAAUUCCUUCCUUCAACGCGUCAACCUUUGAGCAAUCGCUAUACGUCAAGAGGACAUUGAGAUUUCCAUUUGAAAAUCAGUGGGACCUUGGCGGGGAAUGCAAAAUCAGCCCAGAUGGCCACAUCGAAUGGCUCGUCGAAAAGGAAAAGCGAAAAGAAGUAUGGGAGAAAAUCAAAAGCCGUAUUCAAGCGUCUUCUAAGGGAGUAAUUGUCGAUGAUUUGGCUCAUUUAAAAGAGAAUGGUAAUGAAAAGUCAAUUGUCAUCAUAUCCGGAGUAGCCGGAACCGGAAAAUCUACCCUCCUCUGUCACUACCAUGAAGAAAUAAAAAAGGCAAAACCGGACCACUGGGUAAUCAGAAUUAAUUUAGUUGACUACGAAGAUAUUCUGAAACUGGACAAUAUUACGCUUUCAAAUGCCGUCGAUUUUUUGGUUAAUCAGCUCCACGUCGUUGAUGAUAAAAGUUCAUUUUCUCGGGCGUUAUUGAGAAAACGGUUGGAAACGGGAGAUCGAAUCGUUGUCAUGUUUGAUGGGUUCGAUGAAAUCAACGACUUGUGUCAAGAUAAAGCGAUUGAAUUAAUGAAGGUCAUCACUAAAAACAAAUCGACCCAACUUUGUGUAACGACCCGGCCACACAUGCUCGAUAAAAUGCAAUUCCAACUGUCUCAAUUGUUUUACAGUUUGGCAAAUUUCGAAAGAAACGACCAAAUUAAUUUCUUGAGUAAAUAUUGGGAGAAAGAACUGGAUUUGAUUGGAGAUAAAAAUGGCCCAAUUCAACAAUUCACUGAAUCUUUAAUUGAUCGGGUAUAAA